AUGACGUCGGAUUAUCAGAACGGUCGUCACCAUCAACAGACAGAAAAACCUCUCCUCCCGGAAUACUGGAAGACGUUGGUUAGCUGCCUGUACUUGAACCUUGUGUCUUUCUCCAUGUGCUAUGCGGUCACAGUCACCCACCAGGCGGCCCCAGACAGGCGUGUCCACCCGCCCCUCCCCGAUGCGAUCAUGGACAAUGUGCCCUAUAUCCCCUGGGGGACGCAAGGGGCUGAGGUCUGCACGAUGGUACUCGGGGUCGUUCUGAUUCUGGUCUGCGUCGUUCAUAAACACAGGACCAUUAUCUGUCGAAGAUUCUGUGCUAUAAUGGCAACUAUUUACAUCAUGCGGAUCGCUACCAUCCUAUCCACUGCAUUGCCUGUAUUACCGCCCCCAAGUGAAUGUACCACAAUGGAAAUGGACACCGCUGCUAACCGACUGAACAUCGCCAUUGCAGUAUGGAUGAAAUCAGGAUCUCGAUUAAGUGGCAUCAAAAUGUGUGGAGACUACAUGUUUAGUGGACAUAUAACUUCCCUCACCCUUGGAAAUCUCUUUAUUAUUGAAUAUACACCGAGUAGAUUAUUCUUUAUACGCUACCUGACUACAGCUGUCAACAUCGCAGGCUCCAUCGUGAUCAUUAUCGGUAGGGGACAUUACACGGUCGACGUCAUCAUCGCAAUCAUCCUCGUUUUCAUAGUCUUUCAAUAUUAUCAUUCACUCACACGCCUUUACGUCUUAACAAAGAGCAGCGAAAAACUUCAAUGGUUUCCGUUCUUUUUGUAUUUUGAGCGUAAUGUAUGCCUCACUGUGCCAAACGAGUAUGAAAGCCCUCAGCUCUCCAAUUUGCUUAGUACUAUAUUAGGGAAAUUUAAAGGAAACAUAUAACUUUGAUAAAAGGGAACCAGCGAAAAAAGCUAGAUAAAAAAAGCACUGUCGCAAAGACUAAAGGAGGGCACCGGGCCCCACCGGGCAGAGCUGAGGAAUGAAAUGGGUUAUAUAAAUAUUGCAAAAUUGUUUACUUUACUUGUAUCAAAGAGAACUGUUGCUGA